UCAGAAGUUUAUAUUUUAACUUCAACCAAAAAUAAAAAUCCUGAAGGUGAACCCACCGGCACAUGUGAGAUCCUAGAUCUAGGCUACUUAAAGUUACAUCUAUGAUUGAAACACUGUUAAAAUGAAUUGCAAACAGCUUUUUACACUCAGAUCAGCCAUUGGUAUCCAAGAUAUACUAGCCAAAAUUCAGUUAAAGAACAAUAUCAGCAUUUGGUCCUUGACAUGUCAUCAUGAUGGAACAAUAAUGAGGCAAAAACACAAUUGUUGUUACAUGACAGAUUCUAGAUUAAAUUGUUCAUUAAGUAAUAAUACAACAGUGUUCAAGUCAGGUUCAGUUUUGAAUUUUAGUGAUAUUUUUUAUCAACAAAACAGGCAGAAAGGACAUAGCCAUUGGCAGAAUAUUAAACACACCAAAGGUGAACAGGAUGCCUUAAGAGGAAAGGAAACACAAAUGUUAACGUUAAGGAUAAAAAAUGCUCUCAAAGAUAAUGCCUCUACAGAUCCUAAAGUGAACAAUGAAUUGGGAAGAUGUAUUGAUUCUGGUAAACAGAAAAACAUUGCAAUGGACACCAUUCUGAGGAUAAUCCGUAACACAGCAUCAAAGAAUGAAAGUUCGCGGGAGGAGAUAAUAGAAUGUACCGGUGCUGGUGGGUUGAAGUUUAUUAUACAAGCUUUUACUGAUCUUCCAAAGAGAACCAGACCAGAUAUUCAAGCCAGACUUAAAAAAUUUGGGGCAACAAUAGAUAAACAAGGGACAGCUACACGUGGUUUUGAGAGAAAAGGUUUUGUAGAUGUUGAGCUUGGUGAAGAAGACAGUAGAAACCACGAUGAUCAUAUAGAGUUAGCUAUUGAAGCUGAGGCUGAUGAUGUCUCCAUGGAAACCAGAGAGGAAGGAAUAGAUGUACUACAGUUCCAGUGUAAUUAUUUAGUGGUGAAUCAAGUGAGGAAAUAUUUAGAAUCUAAAGGAUUGAAUGUAGUUUAUGCUGAGUCAGUAUUUAUACCAAUACCAACAUCAACUGUUCAAAUGAAUUCAGAUAACAUGGAAAAACUGUACAAACUUAUAGAUAAAGUCAAGGAAGUAGAGGGCGUUGAAGAAGUAUUUAUUAAUGCAGAACCUGAAAGUUGAUGUUUGUUUAAAAAUAAAACUUGUUUAUAACUGUG